GCUGCAUGCACUAGUUGUAGCGGUUCUGAACCACUCAACAACAUUUUUGAUAUUUUAAUUUCCAUACACGCCGUCGCAUCUUUAAGAACAUCUGAGACAAGCUGUGCAUUCAGCGAUAAUGGACUGCCUGACUAUGUGGCGAUUUCCCCGCUGAGAGGCGUAUGCGUGCGGUGAUUGUCUUGUUUUGAGACCGAGGAUUCCAAGAAGUCAUAUCGAGAAGUGGAGGCCUCUGGACCCACUGUCAUGUGAGAGGAGGAUAGAGAGCUGUGAACACUGAGCAAUCUGUGCGUCAACACAAUUACCUACCCCUGUCUCCAGUAUGAAUGGGGAUACGCCCCAUGUCCCCAUCACCACUGUAGCAGGGAUCGCCAGUCUCACAGACUUGUUGAACCAGCUGCCUCUGCCCUCCCCACUACCUGCGACCACCACUAAGAGCUUGCUGUACAAUGGCACCAUCGCGGAGAAGGUCAGCAGCCUGCUGGCCUGCCAGGACGAGAGCCUGGUGUCACAGCUGUCACAGAGCCUCAGCCAGGUGUCCACCGAACACAUAGAACUGAAGAGCAACAUGGGCCGCGAUGAGCUGGAGGGGGACGUGCCACUCCUGCUGCAGAUGAUCAUGGCCCGGAGCCCCGAGAUCUUCAGGGAAAAAAACAUGCCAAUUCAAUACGGGACUCCAGAGGGCACAAGGCAGCCUUUGACGCCACAAUACAGCCAGAAUGCCAUGCAGAACAGCCCAGCGGCCACAUCAAACUUCCAGCCUGCUGCUGUGACCCAGAGCCCGACUAGUGGGUUUGUCCCUCAGCAGUCGGGCCCCAGUGGUGGCAGGUUUUCCCAGAACAGCCAUGUGUCCAGUCCCUACACGCCAACGAGCCCGGCGCCCUUCAUGCAAUACCCACACCAGUCCAACUUCAAUCAGCAGCAGCAGAUGCAGCAGCAAGCAUCUGUACUGAGCCCUACGAUCCCUGGUGGUAUGAGGAACAUUCAGGAAAAUCAGGAGAGGGACCAGUCUUUAAGAAACGCCUCGGUUCCAUUAAGGUCACCACAGGCGGUGUGCUCACCGGGAGACAGAGAUGGAGUUCCCAAAGCGUCCCGCCCACCCCUCAUCAUGCAGUCCCCUCCGCAAUACUCUUCACCUCAAGAUGGCUUACCAGACCUCCUGCUGAAUUCCCCCGACCACAAGCAGAAGAGGGGCAAGGGAGGCCAGGCAGGCGAGCGCGAGCGCAGGCAAGCAGAUAACAAGGCCGCCGCAUACGACUUCAUGACCACAGAGGAAGAGCUGCCGUUGGCGGCAGGAAAGCCAGCCCAGGGACCCACGGCAGGGGAGCCAGUGCAGGAGAAAGAUAAACCGCUUAAAAAGCGGAGAGCGGACCCCCAUCCUCAGGACACCGGGGCAACCGUGGAGGACCCCCACGCCGUCACCUCCGCCGGCCCCCGUUCGGGCCCUCAGGAGCCGGGCAUGGGCACGGGUGUACCCGAGCGCAGCAGCACCCGACAACAGGGGCAGAGAUGGCAGGAGCAGCAGCAGCAGCAGCAGCAGCAGGGCCCUGGAGGCUCCAGCUCCAACCGUCUCUCCAGGCGCUCAAACAGGAACAUUCCAGAACCGGAACCCGACAGGAGAGAGCAGCAGGACCAACAACCGCACAGAAGCCAGCAGCAGCAGCAGAAGCAGCAGGAGCAUGAGGAGGAGGUGCAGAAGGAGAUGGGCAAGGGCCCGGCACCCGUGGUGCUGGUCCAGAAGCUCUCCUACGAGGAGGUGCAGAAGCUGCUUAGGGACAAGCAGAAGAGCUCCAGGAGCACCUCACACAACAGGCACCCGCCCGAGCGCUCCCACAGAGAAGUGCAUCAACGCAUGGAUUCAACACCUGGUGAUCGCAAACGCAGGAGAGGUGCAACCGGUGACAGGCCGAAGUAUGCAGAGGUCAGCUCCGGGGAAGAGAGCGACAGCGAGCGAGAAUCUGUGCGCAAGCGUCAUCGGAGAGAUGAGGACAGAGCGUGGCAGUACGAGGAGACGCCCAGGAGAGGGGCAAGCUCACGCAGUCGCUACGGAGACCGGAGCCCUGACGCCUCGGACCGGGACUCGCCGCCCCCUCCCAGCCUGAGUGAAAUUGCCAGAAGUAUGCAGAAGAAAGAGAAGAAGAGGAAAGCAUAUGAGCCGAAGCUCACACCAGAAGAAAUGAUGGACUCGUCCACCUUUAAGCGGUUCAUUGCCAGCCUGGACGGCAUUCUUGAAAACCUUGAGGAUGUUGACUUCUCGAUUCAGGAUGAUGAUGAAAUCCCGCAAGAGUUGCUGCUGGGCAAAGAACAGCUGAGCGAGCUGGCCAGCGAGUCUGCCAAGAUCAAAGCCAUGGGCAUCACCUGCAAGAUUCCCUCUGAACGGUUGGUGAAAGUGCUGAGCAUUCUGGAGAAGAACAUCCAGGAUGGAGCAAACCUCUCAACGAUGAUAAAUCCUGACAACGACACAGAGGAUGAGGAGCGUAUGUGGCGUGUCCUCAUCAUGGAGCGUGUGACCAAGUCUGCGGACGCCUGCCUGACGGCCCUCAACAUCAUGACGUCGCCGCACAUGCCCAAGGCCGUCUACAUGGAGGACGUGAUCGAGAGGACUGUGCAGUACACCAAGUUCCACCUGCACAACACGCUCUACCCCCAGUACGACCCCGUCUACCGGAUAGACCCUCAGGGAGGAGGAAUGCUGACCUACAAAGCUAAGCGGGCGAGGUGCUCCACCAGCAAGCAGAGAGUCAUCAUCAUGCUGUACAACAAAGUGUGCGACGUGGUGAGCAGCAUCUCCGAGCUGGUAGACAUCCAGCUGCUCACCGACACCACUAUACUGCAGAUGUCAUCCAUGGGCAUCACCCCGUUCUUUGUGGAGAACAUCAGUGAGAUGCAGCUGUGUUCCAUCAAACUGGUGACAGUGGUGUUCUCCCGCUAUGAGAAACACAGGCAGCUGAUCCUGGAGGAGAUCUUCACCUCACUGGCCAGACUGCCCACCAGCAAGCGCAGCCUCAGGAACUUCAGGCUGAACAGCAGUGAUGCAGACGGGGAGCCGGUGUUCAUCCAGAUGGUGACAGCGCUGGUGCUGCAGCUCAUCCACUGUGUGGUUCACCUGCCCUCCGAACACGACAUGCAAGACGACAACAACAAGGUGGAUGAAGAUGUUUUCGUCAACAACUCCUACGAGACAGCGAUGAGGACAGCCCAGAACUUUCUCUCUGUGUUCCUCAAAAAGUGUGGGAGUAAGCAGGGGGAGGAGGACUACCGGCCGCUGUUUGAGAACUUCGUCCAGGAUCUGCUGUCCACCGUCAACAAGCCAGAGUGGCCAGCUGCCGAGCUGCUACUCAGCCUACUGGGGAGACUACUGGUACGUCAGUUCAGCAACAAGUCUACGGAGAUGGCCCUGAGGGUGGCCUCCCUAGACUACCUGGGCACGGUGGCCGCACGCCUCCGCAAGGACGCCAUCACCAGCAAGAUGGACCAGGCCACCAUCGACCGCAUACUCAAAGAGACCUCAGGUAGUGAUGAGAUCCAGCAGCUCCAGAAGGCCCUGCUGGAUCAUCUAGAGGAGAAUGCAGAGACCACUCCUGCACUGGUGUUUGCGCGCAAGUUCUACAUAGCGCAGUGGUUCCGUGAUUCGACGACGGAGGCGGAGAAGGCGAUGAAGAAGAGCCAGGAGGUGAAGGAGGCGGCGGAGGAGGAGGGCCGGCGGCAGCACGCCAAGGAGCUCAAGAGCAUGGGGGAGGUCAUGCAGCGCGCAGAGGCACACAAGAAGUUCCUACGCACCGUCAUCAAGGCCACGCCCGCACAGUUCACCACACUCAGGAUGAACUCGGAGAAUGUGGACUGUGACGAUGCAGGCUUAAUUGUGCGUUAUUUGGCCUCUACGAGACCAUUUGCACAGAGCUUUGACAUCUACUUAACCCAGAUCCUGAGGGUCUUGGGAGAGAACGCCAUAGCCGUCAGGACUAAAGCCAUGAAAUGCCUCUCAGAAGUGGUGGCUGUGGACCCCACCAUACUGGCACGGAAGGACAUGCAGAACGGGGUGCACUGUCGGCUGAUGGACUCCUCCACCAGCGUGAGAGAGGCGGCCGUGGAGCUGCUGGGACGCUUCGUGCUGAGCCGGCCGCAGCUCACAGAGCAGUACUACGACAUGCUCAUCAAGAGAAUACUGGACACGGGCAUCAGUGUGAGGAAGAGGGUGAUCAAGAUCCUGAGAGACAUCUGCCUGGAGCAGCCCACCUUCAGCAAGGUCACCGAGAUGUGCGUCAAGAUGAUCCGCCGUGUCAACGAUGAGGAGGGCAUCAAGAAAUUGGUCAACGAGACAUUCCAAAAGCUGUGGUUCACCCCGACACCUGGCAACGAUAAAGAGGCCAUGAACCGGAAGAUUCUCAACAUCACCGACGUGGUUUCUGCCUGCCAAGACAGCGGUUACGACUGGUUUGAACAGCUUCUGCAGAAUCUGCUGAAAGCGGAGGAGGACACUGCGUAUAAGCCCACGAGGAAGGCCUGCGUGCAGCUGGUGGACAGCCUAGUGGAGCACAUGCUGCGCUAUGAGGAGUCCCUCGCAGAGCAUAAGAGCGUGAACUCCGCUCGGCUGGUGGCCUGCAUCACCACCCUCUUCCUGUUCAGCAAGGUCAAGGCCGACUUCAUGGUCAAACACGCCAUGACCAUGCAGCCCUACCUGUCCACCAAGUGCAAUUCCAAGCAGGAUCUGAUGGUGAUCUGCCAGGUAGCCAAGAUCCUGGAGCUGGUCAUCCCCCUCAUGGAGCACCCCAGCGAGAACUUCCUGGCCACCGUAGAGGAAGACCUCGUCAAGCUCAUCUUCAAAUACGGCAUGCAGGUGGUACAGCACUGUGUGAGCUGUCUUGGCGCUGUGGUCAACAAAGUGACACACAACUACCAGUUUGCCUGGGCUUGCUUUAAUCGCUUCUAUGGUGUGCUGAUCAAGUUGAAGGUUCUGCAUCAGGAGGGGGGCUCCGGGUCGGACAUGGAGGCCAAGAGGCUGUUGCUCAUGCGCUCCCUAUUCACCGUCGGGGCCAUGUGCAGACACUUUGACUUCGACCAGGAACACUUCAAGGGAGACAGCACGGUUCUGAUCAAAGAUAAAGUUCUCGAUCAUCUGAUGUACUUCGUCAAGUAUGAAGAUGAGGAGGUGCAGGCCAAAGCCAUUCUUGGACUAGGUAACCUGCUGAUCAUGCACCCGAGCCUGAUGUUUGUGUCGGAGGUGAAGCGUCUGUACAACGGGCUGCUGUCGGACCCCAAGAGCGCCGUCAGCCUGAAGGUGCAGGCCCUCAAGAACCUGCAGAUGUACCUGCAGGAGGAGGACCUGAGGAUGCUCGAGGCCGACAGGGACUGGAACAAGCUGGCCAAGCAGGAGGACCUGAAGGAGAUGGGUGACGUGACGUCGGGCAUGAGCAGCUCCAUCAUGCAGCUGUACCUCAAAGAGGUGCUGGAAGCCUUCUUCUCCACAGAGUCCUCUGUCAGGAACUACGCACUCAACGUCAUCGCACUUACACUCAGCCAGGGACUCAUACACCCCGUACAGUGUGUUCCGUACCUGAUCGCUAUGGGAACAGACCCGGAGCCCACCAUGAGGAACAAGGCAGACCAGCAGCUGAUGGAAAUAGACAAGAAAUACACCGGAUUCAUCCACAUGAAGGCUGCUGCUGGUAUGAAGAUGUCGUACCAGGUGCAGGGGGCCAUCAUGUCUCAUCGUAAGGGCGCCGUGAUCCGGGGCUUCCGUCAGGAGGAGUCUGUGACGGCGCUCUGCUCGCACCUCUACUCCAUGGUGCGCAGUAAUCGCCAGCAUCGCAGGGCUUUCCUCAUAUCACUACUCAACCUCUUCGACGACACCUCGAAGGUGGAGGUGAACAUGCUGCUGUUUGCGGCGGACAACUUGGCCUACUUCCCCUUCCAGACGCAGGAGGAGCCCCUCUUCAUCAUGCACCACAUCGACAUCAGGCUCUCAGUGUCUGGCAGCAACCUGCUGCAGACCUUCAAAGAGUCGCUCCAUAAGCCGGGUGAGCCGGAGAAGAAGAGGAAGAAGCCUCGGCAGGGGGACAGCGCCAUGUGGGACGUGGAGCUGAGCGAGGAGGAGCUGGAGGACCCCGACGUGGACGUGGAGGACGAGGAGGAGAUGCAGAGGCGAGCCGCCGAGAGGGAGAGGAGGCGCCAGGAGCAGCUGCGGCGCGCCCUCGAGCAGAAGCAGCAGCAGGAGUCGGACUCGGACUCUGACCUGGAGGAUGCCGACAUGGUGAUGGAGCGCCUGCCCGAGGACCCCACGCCACUGCUGGACUUUGCCCGCGCCUCGCAGGGCAUCCUGCUGCUGCUGGUGCUCAAGCAGCACCUCAAGGCCCUCUACGGCUUCUCAGACGGUAAAAUCCUCAAGUACUCGCCCACGGAAUCGGCGAAGGUGUACGACAAGGCUGUCAAUCGUAAGCAGAAUGUGAACUUCAACCCCAAACAGACGUUGGAGUUCCUGGCCAACAAUGUAGCGGAUGCUGAGGUCACUCCCGAGCUCAAAUUGAAGAUCGUUCACCAGUUCCUUGAUUUCAAGCUGCUGAUGGAGCACCUGGAUCCGGAUGAGGAUGAGGAAGACGGGGAGGCGGGAGCCAACGCCCGCAACAAAGCCAUCAACGCCCUGCUGGGUGGCUCUGGAGGCCCCGCCGCAGCAGCAGCAGGAGCAGGAGCAGCAGCCGGUGGCCCACAGAGCCCCCGCAACCACGCAGCAGCCGACUCAGAGGAGGACGAGAGUGAUACAGAAGACAAGGGACCUGCUGGGACGCGAAGGUCAAAGCGUGGCUCUGGUGGCGGUGGUGGCGGCGGCGACGGGGGUGGAGCAGAGGCGGUAGCCAACCAAUCCGAGGCGGUGGAACCCGACGACGUGGUGGCCAUCCUGCGGCCGCAGUUCAAGGACCGGCCGCUGAUCGUGCGCGUGGUCCAGAAGACGGGCGACGGCUACAGCGUCCAGUGGAUGACGGGCGCCUACAACAGCCCCUGGGCCGAGGCCAAGCGGCGCGAGGGACGCAAGCUGGUGCCCUGGCUGGACACCAUCAAGGAGGCUGACAUCAUCUACAAGAAGCUGCCGCUCACCGCCAACAAGAAACUCACGCACAAGGUGGCGCAGACCCUCAGGCAGCUCUACGCGGCCAAGGCCUCCGCUAGCUAGUGAUGGCAUCACUAAUAAACACCACACCCCAACCACACACACACACACACCCCCCACAGCCUGACAAACCCCCCCACCAAGCCUACAAGGCCUCCUCUAGCUAGUGAUGGCAUCACUAAUAAACACCACACCCCAACCACACACACACACCCCACAGCCUGACUUCCCCACCAAGGCUCCAAAGGUGGCAAAGACUAUGCGAUGCGGCAGCUCCAAGUCCUCUUAUAGCUAGUGUCCUGCGAUGGCCAAUAAACACCGCAGCCCCCCCACAUACCCUCCGCCUUCAGCACAGCCUGAACCUUUGAGCCCUGACUCCAAGCCUCCAAAACUGCCAAACCUUAAGAGGCCACGAUCUCCAAUAACACUACACUACACACUACUCCAGCAGCGUUACGGUGCAUCCUUUUUCUUUAUAUUGUGCAUAAUUUUUUAUUUUGUUUUCGUUUAUAUUAUAUAAAUAUAUAUUUAAAAGAAAAAGGAAGAAAAAAUGGACAAAAAAAAAAACAAAACAUGAAAACAAUACAGAAAGUGAUCCCAAGAUGAUUUUUUUGGUGGUAUCACUGGAAAAUAAUGUUUGGAAAACAUUGUUUGGUGCUCCCUUGCUGUUGUGCAGCUGUCUGAUUUUUACUUUUAAGUGUACAAAAGUUUUCACAUCAACAACAAACAACAAAAAAUUGUCUUUAUAUAUCUGAAGAGUGAUAGAGCACCGGGCCAGACGGUUUUUGUAUUAGUUAGACUAGCUCUUCUGUCUCUGUUCCCUUUUUUGUGUAUGUCUAUGCUGUACUAUAACAGAGAUAUACUUUUUUGAUGUAAUUUAUUGACGAAACCCUAGGCAUGCAUUAGCCUUUGAGCUACUCAAAGGGUUUCUUUCCCUUUUUUUUUUGUAAAUGUUCCUUUUAUUGUAUUUAGUCUCAGUGGGUUAAACAGACAAAAAAAAAAUCCAAGCACUUGUGGCAGAUCACAUACUGCAUUGAAUUUUCUACUCGUAUUUUUGUUAUAAUUGUUUAUUAUUAUUAUUGUUGUUGUUAUUGUUAUUAUUAUUAUUUUUGCUUUGGCUUCCCAAGGGGACAACACAGCCUCUGUAAGCUAAUGGGUGGAGUGAAUAUUAUUCAGCACACUGUCUCAAUUUUCAUGAAAAGAAAAGACAAAAAAAGAAAAGAAAGAAUAAAAAUGUGUGCUUUUUCUCUCA